GAGAAACACCUGCCCAAUAUAUCAUCUUCACCUCCUCCUCGUCUAUUCCAUUAGCGCCCUUCAUUUCUCCAGUUAGGAUGUUUCUACACGAGAUGCCAGCAUCCCGUUGACUCUUUUCCAUACUACCCUGGACUAUGUUUUCAGCUAGGGCCUCCGUUGUACCCUCCUUACUCCGGCCACUGUCCCCCUAUCAUUCAUUCCUUCAGUGUGCAGUAAACCACUCCGUUUGAGUGGAUCAGGCGGCGGUACCGGUGAUAGCACCGGUAAUAGCGGUUGCAUAUUUUAAUUGUCGGGUUUAUAGAAAUUAGGGAAGGGGUUCCGGAUCCUAAUACCGGCUCUAUCUAUAUGUCCAAUUACCACCACCAUUGUUGACGCCAAAACUUAAUCUGAAGUGAACAUUUUCUUACAUCCAUUUUCACUUCAAACCUCUCUCACCAAUUCAUCUCGUUCUCUCAAUUCCAUUUUCAAUCCAAUUCAUCAAUGUUCCAAUUCCAGGUGAUGAUAUUUUUAUGAUCGAAUUGAAGCGACAGUCAUGAUUAAUUUUGUUAUGUAAAGUUAACUUUCCAGUGUGAAUAUUUCAGAUGUUGAAGAAAUAAGUGAAUUCUUCUUAGCGCGUGGAAUGUGAUUUUGUUUGGUUUGAAAACGGUAGGGUAGAAGAAUUUGGGAUCAUGAUUGUAAAGUAGCAUGCUGCAAUCUAGAUUUAUAAUAAGAAAAUAAAACAUAAUCAUGAAUAAUCCAUUGGUUAUGUUGCUGUUGAAAGUGUUGUUACAUGCAUAACAAUGGUAGUUCCAAAGUUGAACUCAUUUUGCAACCACAAAUGUCUUACAUGCAAAUAUCUCAGAAGUUCUACGAUGCAUUCAAGCAUUGUAGCUUCUCCCUCAGAUCCCCACACAUUGCUCGCAAGCUUCAUGCUCAACUCAUACUCUCCGGUUUAGACUCUUCCCUUUUCUUACUCAACAAUCUACUCCACAUGUACUCCAACUGUGGCUUACCACACGAUGCUUUUCAAGUUUUUCAAGAGACCAAUCAUCGUAAUGUCUUUACUUGGAACACAAUGAUUUGUGGUUUUGUUAAUUCCGGUCAAAUUAAUGAAGCAGAUAAACUGUUUGAUGAAAUGCCUCUGAGAAUUAAAGACUCGGUUUCUUGGACAACUAUGAUAUCGGGUUAUGUUCAAAAUGGUUUUCAUGAACGUGGUGUUGAGACUUUUAGUUUAAUGCGUAGGGAGUCAAAUGGUCGAAAUCAAAAUGACGACCCGUUUUUGUUUACUAGUGUAAUGAAAGCUAGUGGUUUACUUGGAGACUCUCGAUUGGCUCUUCAGUUACAUGCCUUAGUCAUUAAGUUUGGUUUUGGAAUGGAAACUUGCAUUCAAAACUCGCUUGUUGGUAUGUAUGUUAAGUGUGGAGAUAUCGGUUUGGCGGAGAUGGUUUUCUUUGACAUUGAAAGACCAAGUUUGUUUUGUUGGAAUAGUAUGAUUUAUGGUUAUUCUCAAAUGUAUGGACCUUAUAAAGCUCUACAGAUAUUCAACCGAAUGCCUGAACAUGACGAGGUUUCUUGGAACACGCUGAUCUCAAUUUUCUCUCAGCAUGGUUUUGGGGUUGAUUGUCUUUCCGUGUUUCUAGAGAUGUGUAAUCAGGGUUUUAGUCCGAACUUUAUGAGUUAUGGAAGUGUACUUAGUGCUUGUGCUAGCAUUUCUGAUUUGAAAUGGGGUGCUCAUUUGCAUGCUAGGAUUCUUCGCAUGGAAGAUAGCUUGGAUUUGGUUUUGGGUAAUGGUCUUAUAGAUAUGUACGCUAAAUGUGGGUGCUUAGGAUUGGCUAAGCGUGUGUUUAACAGUUUAAAGGAUCGCGAUCAUGUUUCUUGGAACUCUUUGAUCACUGGUGUGGCACAAUUCGGCCUUGAUGAAGAUGCUUUAAUAUUAUUUAACCAAAUGAGACAGAGUUCUGUGGUGUUGGAUGAAUUUAUUCUUCCUACUGUUCUUGGGGUUUGUUCGGGUCAAAAUUAUGCCUCUAUAGGAGAACUACUUCAUGGAUAUACAAUCAAAAGUGGGAUGGAUUCUUCUGCUCCUGUAGGGAAUGCAGUCAUUACAAUGUAUGCAGAAUGUGGGGAUACUGACAAAGCUAAUCUUGCGUUCAGAUUGAUGCCACUUAGAAAUACCAUAUCGUGGACUGCCAUGAUCACUGCAUUCUCUCGGAGUGGAGACAUUGACAGAGCCCGAGAAUGUUUUGAUACGAUGCCUGAGAGGAACAUCGUAACCUGGAACUCCAUGUUAAGCACAUAUGUUCAAAAUGGCUUCUCCGAAGAAGGUCUCAAGCUGUAUCUUUUGAUGAGGAGCAAUAGAAUCCAGCCGGACUGGAUCACUUUCACAACUUCAAUCCGGGCUUGUGCUGACUUAGCUAUAGUUAAACUUGGGAUGCAAGUCGUUACUCAUGCUAUAAAGUUUGGACUCAGUUCGAACAUUUCAGUUGCAAAUAGUAUCAUUACCAUGUAUUCAAGAUGUGGACAAAUCGAAGAGGCCAAGAAUGCUUUCGACUCAAUAGAUACCAAAGACCUGAUUUCCUGGAAUGCUAUGCUUGCAGCAUUUGCUCAAAAUGGUUUAGGUAGGAAAGUAAUUGAAACUUUCGAGGAUAUGUUGAAGUCGAAAUGUAAACCCAAUCAUAUAAGCUAUGUUUCUGUUUUAUCUGGUUGCAGCCACAUGGGGCUAGUAGUUGAAGGGAAACAUUACUUUGAUUCCAUGACUCAAGUUUUCGGCAUUUCUCCAACAAAUGAGCACUUUGCUUGUAUGGUAGAUCUGCUCGGACGAGCAGGGUUAUUAGAGCAGGCAAAUAAUUUGAUAAAAGGAAUGCCUUUUAAGCCAAACGCAACCGUUUGGAGCGCUCUACUAGGAGCAUGCCGGAUCCAUCAUGAUCUCAGACUAGCAGAAACUGCUGCAAAGAAUUUGAUGGAAUUAGAUGUUGAAGAUUCUGGAGGUUAUGUUCUUCUAGCAAAUAUAUAUGGUGAAUCUGGAGAGUUAGAAAAUGUCGCUGAUAUGAGGAAACUUAUAAAAGCAAAAGGAAUUCGAAAGAGUCCGGGUUGUAGCUGGAUAGAGGUUGAUAACAGAGUAAAUGUUUUCACUGUAGAUGAAACCAGUCAUCCACAGAUAAAGGAAGUUCAUAUAAAACUGGAGGAGAUGAUGAAGAAGAUAGAAGAUACUGGAAAAUAUACUAGUUUAGACUCUUCAGUACAUAGGACUCGUAAAUAUCACAGUGAAAAGCUGGCUUUUGCUUUUGGGUUGCUUAAUCUUCCAUCUUGGAUGCCAAUACGUGUAAUGAAGAAUCUUCGUGUCUGCGAUGAUUGCCAUUUGGUAAUAAAGCUUCUGUCUUUAGUCACCUCAAGGGAACUUAUUAUGAGAGAUGGAUAUAGAUUUCAUCAUUUUAAAAAUGGGUUUUGUUCCUGUAAGGACUAUUGGUAAUUUUGUGAUAUAGAUUUCAUCAUUUUAAAAAUGCGUUUUGUUCCUGUAAGAGCAAUGAGUGGCCGGCAGCCUCUGUCAGUAACAGCUGAUCAAGACGUUUCAAUCCAGAGAGCAGUAGCAAAAGUAUUUCCAGUAAUCCAUCACCACUUUUCAUUGUGGCAAAUUAAUGCAAAGGAACAAGAGCUUGCGGGUCUGAUGGGUCAUGGAUUCACUAAAGAUUAUGAAAAGUGUGUUUACCAGAGCCAGACAGUUGAUGAAUUUGACACCGCAUGGAAUGCUCUACUCAUCAAAUAUGGAUUGAAGGACAAUGCUUGGCUAAAAGAAAUGUACGAGAAACGUGCAUCUUGGGUUCCGUUCUAUAUAAAGAGCACAUUUUCAGCCGGAAUUCCUUUGAAAGAAAGCAUGGAAUCAUUCCUUGGUGCGCUUUUAAAUGGCCAAACACCUCUCCCAGAGUUCAUUCAAAGGUACGAAAGAGGUCUUGAGCGACGUCGUGAAGAAGAACGAAAAGAGGAUUUUAACACUUCUAAUUUUCAAACUUUUUUGCAAACAAAAGAACCUGUAGAAGAACAAUGUAGAAGGCUUUACACUCUUGCAAUAUUCAAAGUAUUUCAAAAAGAGCUUUUGCAAUGCUAUAGUUAUCUCGGGUUUAAAAUCUACGAAGAAGGGCCCCUCAGCAGGUAUUUGGUGCGCAAGUGUGGAAAUGAGGACAUGGAGAAGCAUGUAGUUACUUUCAAUGCAUCCAAUAUUGACAUUAAUUGUAGCUGUCAGAUGUUUGAAUAUGAAGGUGUUCUUUGUAGACGUGUGUUGAGGGAUUUCCAAAUAUUGGAAUUAAGAGAAGUUCCUUCACGCUACAUCCUACACCGCUGGACUAGAAAUGCCGAGGAUGGGGUUUUUCCUGACAUAGAAUCAUGGAGUAGCUCCCAGGAGCUAAAAAGUUUGAUGCUGUGGAGUCUAAGAGAAACAGCGUCUAAAUACAUAGAUGCCGGUGCAUCAUCCAUUGAAAAGUAUAAACUUGCCUAUGAGAUUUUGCGCGAGGGUGGGAGAAAGCUGUGCUGGCACAGGUGAAUUGUUCCAAGUUCUGUGAAGUUGUACAAAGUUGCACACUUAACUUUUUAGCUUAAGUUGUUAUUUAUGGUACCAUCUUUCGUCCAUCUUAGUAGUUCUACACUUUUGUGUUUUGUAUUGUUCAGAUUAUCCUUUACAGUGGUUACACUAUACUAGUGGGUACACUAUACUGAAGUUGUAGGAGACCAAUUUUGUUCAGAUUGCUGGUACUGACCACUCCAUCUUUGCCAUCAUAAUUUA